AUGUCGAGCGACCAAGAUCGUAAAGACCGUGUGCCAUCUCCCACUGGCAGCUCUUCCCGUGGGAACGUAGUUGAUCAUAAUGCCCCCCAUGUUACAGACGAGCUUGCAUCCAGGAGGAAUGGACCAGAGUCUGCUGGAAAGAACCACAUGAUCAACGUCCAGCCUUUGAAACGCAGUGAGAUGCAGCCCUCGUAUGCACAAGACCUCGGUACUGGGGAGGUCACUCAUGGCUUCUAUGGGUCAUUCCUGCAAGGUCUUGGCACCUGUGUCGGGUUCUGCGGUGCCAUUCCUUGCUGCCCUUUCCCAAACCCAUUCCGAAAUGUCCAACAAGGUUCGGUUGGUCUGGUCACAAGGUUUGGCCACUUUUACAAGUCGGUCGACCCUGGUCUCGUACAGGUUAAUGUCUGCACGGAAGACUUGCGUAUUGUCGAUGUCAAAAUUCAAAUUAGCGCCAUUGGCAGGCAAACCGUCAUCACUCGUGACAAUGUUAAUGUCGAAAUUGACUCUGUCAUCUACUUCCAGAUUAUUAACCCUUAUCGUGCUGCCUUUGGUAUCAGUGAUCUACGCCAGGCGCUUAUCGAACGUGCUCAGACCACCUUGAGGCACGUUGUCGGUGCCCGCGCAGUUCAAAGUGUCGUAACUGAGCGCGAGGCUAUCGCCUUCGAGAUUGCUGAGAUUGUCGGUGACGUUGCCGAUAAAUGGGGUGUUGCCAUUGAAGGUAUCCUGAUCAAGGAUAUCAUUUUCAGCCCCGAAGUUUCCGCUUCUCUGUCUUCUGCUGCGCAACAGAAGCGUAUUGGAGAGUCCAAGGUCAUUGCAGCCCGCGCAGAAGUUGAUUCUGCUCGCCUUAUGCGCCAAGCAGCCGAUAUCCUCGCAUCACCAGCUGCCAUGCAAAUCCGUCAGCUGGAGGCUCUGCAGCAGAUGGCCAAGUCUGGUAACACUAAGGUCGUUUUCGUUCCUAUGCAACUUCAAAGCGAUGUUGUUGGUAGACUUGGCUCCAGCAAUAAUGCUGAGGCAUCUGGGUCUGCACUGCGUGACGAAGUGGGCGAGUCCCUUUCCGGCACAGGUCGUGCAGGUCUUCUAGCCAGUAUCGCGGAUGUAUAAUCUUUUACUUAUUUUGAUUCUCUAGUGGACGGUUCCUAUUUUGUUGCUCUA